UAUGUUAAACAAGGAAGUAUGAUUAACUACAACUGCCUUCAUUACUUCCUCAAUUGCACAGUCUGAAUAAAUGCUGUUAAAAAUGCUGCCUUAACUUCCUUGUAUGACUAAACAGAUAAUCAAGUAAAACUUUCAUACACUACUCUGGAAAGUGCUUUUGGCAAGCUAGCAGCAAGAAACACUGAACAGACCUGGCUGCUACUCUGCUGUUUUUGUCUGAACACAGUGUGGUAUUCCACCAUGGAUUUUUUUUUUCUUUUUUGGGGGUUUUAACAGGCAUGAUAUGAGGAUGCAAUUGCAGCAGUGUUGAAAACAACAAGAAGAUAACAUCACAGCGACUGAACCACAUCAUUUUCCGAAACCCCCUCCGACCUUUUUUUUAACUUCCUGCAUUUCUAGGGUAUGACCGAGAAUGCCUUUUACACUGUUGUGUCGGAGGCUGUCAAUUUUCCAAAACUGAUACAGUCACUGUGGAAACUGUGACCAGAUGAGAUAAAAAGUCUACAGCGAGGGUUCCCCUUUUGCAAAUCCUCGACAAAAGACUAAAAAGGUGUCACUGAGGAGACACACGCACGCACAGGCUGCACAGGUAGAAGCACACACAAGAAACCUGAGAACAUGAGCAGACAACAGAGCAAAAUAGAGCGUUUCCUCAAACUGGGCUACUCCGAGAAAGACAUCGUGAGGGUGCUAGAGAGCCUCCGACAGGAUGCCUUGACCAAUGACAUCUUGGAGGAGCUGAUUAAAACAGGCCAUAAGGCUGAGGCAGAGAAAGCAAGGAGCUCCAGCCCACAGCUUGUGUCCCGGGGUUGCAGCCCCCAAGAACCUGUGAAGCCGAGACCAGUGGCAGAAGAGGAGGAUAGUGACCCCUGCAGUGUCCUGAGGCCUAUCGUCAUUGACGGCAGCAAUGUUGCCAUGAGUCAUGGAAAUAAAGAGGUGUUUUCUUGCCACGGGAUCCAGCUAGCAGUGCUGUGGUUCUGGGAAAGAGGCCACCGGGAUAUCACAGUGUUUGUCCCCUCCUGGAGGAAGGAGCAGCCCAGACCAGAGACUCCCAUUACAGACCAGAAUAUACUCCAUGAGCUGGAAAAGAGAAAGAUACUUGUGUACACCCCAUCACGCCGCGUCAAGGGGAAGAGAGUGGUGUGCUACGACGACCGCUACAUUGUGAAACUGGCCUACGAGUCAGAUGGGAUAAUCGUAUCAAACGAUAACUAUCGUGACCUGCAGAGUGAGAAACAAGACUGGAAAAGAUUUAUUGAAGGCAGGCUUCUGAUGUACUCUUUUGUAAAUGACAAGUUUAUGCCUCCAGAUGAUCCUUUGGGUAGGAGUGGACCCCACAUUGAAAACUUUUUGAGGAAGACACCUAUCAUUCCUGAACACAAAUGGCAGCAUUGUCCAUAUGGAAAGAAGUGUACAUAUGGUGUGAAGUGCAAGUUCUACCAUCCCGAAAGAUCCAAUCAGCCACACAUGUCAGUUGCUGAUGAACUCCGAGCCAAAACAAAGUCAACUUCACCCAAACCCUUUAAAGAAGAUGAGCAGCCUCUUAACGUCAGAGCAAUGUCUGCUAAUCAGGAGGAGUUUCUGGUUGCAUUUAACACUGCUGCUUCUUACGGACAGGAUGCCAAAAUGUCUGUGUGCAACGGCCUUCAGUUAUCUGCGCCCUUGAGCCACGAAGAAGCCCACCACAGAUAUUCACCCAAUCAUUUGCUAGACAGUCAAAAACAAAGCGCAAGUCCCUCCUAUUUGCAGUAUUCUACUGCCUUCCAAAAUCCCGGGUGCGAUGAAGGAUUUGAGUCCAUGGAAGCCAAGUUCUCCACUAUGUUCAUUCAGGGGAAGCCAGACAAACAGAAUAACUUCUGCUCCAUUGAGUACGACAGGUCCUCAUGCUCAAACUGGUGCGACGGCCCAAGCCAUUGUAAAACGGACUGUGCUCGUUCACACAGGUGCAUCCCCACUGGAAUUGCUCCACAGCCUUGUUUCUGCUACAGGAACCCCCCACAGAAAAUGCCUCAGAGCUGCGGCAGCCAUUCGCAGGUGUCAGGAAGUCUAACACCAAGCCCUGGUUUAUAUGCAAACUUUUUCCCCACGCACAAUUCUGAAAACCACAAACAAAAGUCCUGUGAUUUAACAGCACCUCCAAGCAACCAGGCUCCACACGCAGUACAAGAACAGCAGCAACAUCAUUAUCAUUUUAACCAGCAGAAGUAUUCUUCACUCGGUCACAGCGCCACUCUAAACAACAGCUGGGGAAACGGACAGAUGGUGUCUCCAGCAACAAACCAGGCUUACACUUUCUCUUCAGAGCAGAGAUUUUCACUCACUGAACAGAAAAAGUAUGUCAGAAGCCAGUUGUGCGCCAUCUUUCCACAGGGAGUAGUGGAUCAGGUCAUGUCUUUGUACCCAAAUGUUUCAGACAGAACACAUCUCAUCUCAUUAAUCUACCAAUUUAAAAGUAAUCACACCUGUUUUUAAAAUCCACAAAAUGUUCUAGCUGUAAAACAAGUAAUCAAAAGGUACCAAGCACAGUUAUUUGUUGAUAUUACUGUGACAACAAAUUUCAUUGAUGAGAACCUACCUACAGGAGGAGUAGUAACUGGACUAUAAAUCAUGCAUCAAUUCAGUCUGUAUUGCUAGCGGAAGUUACCUCACAGUGAGGUGUUUACACAAACUUAAGAUGCGCAAUGAAUAUAAAACAUGAUCAUCAAUAAUGCUGUUAAACAUCAGCUUAUUUCUUGAUUUGAAUAUAGUUACCUUGCUGUUGGUAUGUAAAUAUUUUAUAAUAUGCAAAGAUAAUUCUCACAGGUAUAAUGUUAACUCCUGUUAUGAAUUUGGAUGGUAAUAACAUCAAGCAUUAGUUUUGCUGAAAACAACAAUGCGAAACAACUCUGUGACAUAAAAGCAAUGUAUCUGUAUUUUGGAAAUGCCACAUCUUAAAAGCAAGAUCGCAAUACAGGUAUCACGUGUAUAUAAAGUGGUAAACAACUGGUGAAAGUGUUUUUUUUUUUUUUUUGGGGGGGGGUUUUUUUAAAACACAAAAACUCUUCUUGCUAAAAGGAGGCCUAGUUCUCAGUUGGUUUCUGUCCGAUCAAACACAAAUGAGUGACAUUGUGUUUGAAUUUGAGUGUUGUUGUGCAGUAUUUAAUAACUGCAGGUGAUACACAAUUCCUGGGCAGAUGAUUAAUAGUCUUGGCUAAAUAAGCCUCUUUUUUUUGUUGUUGUUACUAUGUUAAUAGUUGCUCUUGUGCUUUUCAAAACUGCACAUAAAAAUACUUUUGGAGUUGUUCCAAAGCUUAAGUACGUCAGUAUGACAUUUGUAAAAUGUGUGUUUCUUCAAAAGAACCAAAAGUGUAACUCAAAGCUUUAUUAAAGAACAUUUUUUUAAAAAAAAGGUGUUUUAUUUAGUUGUAAAUACGAGGUUUAUAACAUGUAAAUGCUGUAAUAGUUAACACCCUCACACUUACUUCAAAUGACCAGCUCUCAGUUAUCUCAGGGUAAUAGGCAUUGAAUUUCACUAGCAUUGCUUUUAGUCCACAGACAUGAAAACAUCCAAUACACACUGCAUUUAAAACACCUAAUUCCAACCAUUUACUGAGAUGUUUAACAUACAUUUUAAAAGCUUUUCCCUUAAUAAGUUCUGAGCGCUGGCGUAACUUUUCAAAAGUGUGUGUGAGUGUGCGUGUGUGUGGUGGGGCAGUUUCUG